UCUUAACUUUGCGUUUGUUUUUCUUACUCUAAAAACAAUGACUUUUUCCGAUGAUCUCGCACCACCAUGUGUGAACAAGAACAAUCAUCACGUGAAGAGAAGAAGCACAAAAAAGAGAACGAUAAGAAGGAAGGAACUCGAAGAAUUGAUCAGCGCAGCCAUAAGAGCCGCUCAUGUUGCAAGAGACAAAGGGUUUUACAUCGUCUCUCCCGAAGCCAUACGAUGCGUUAAGAUCCUUAGACAGAUACGAAGCUUACCUCUAAACGCUCGGGUUAUCACCAAGACCGACGGCUUUUCUACUCUUCUAUUCCUCUCCAAGAAUGGUAACCCUAAAAUCCGCUCCGAGUCGCAGUCCGUCAUUGAUCACUGGAAGGGCAUUCUCCAAAACAAAAGUCAAUAA